UGACGCGUCAGUGGACGCGCCUACUGAUCGACAACACAACUCCUCCAAUAAGUAUUACGGCGUAACGGGUUUAUGCACAGCACAGACUAACGAAAAUACCCGAACAGGAACAAUACCCAAACUCCAGUGAUAAAAUAGGGAUGGAGUUUGGAAUUUCAAUGAAACAUAUCACCGAAUGAGACAAAUGGUAAAGUAUUGGCAGUUGCUGUAGCCUAACUACGUUUACGCCGUUGAACUUCUAAAAGUUUAGAUUUUUGGUGAUUCCAACUCGGAGAGGAUUGGCAGGACAUAGUAACUUUCAGCGACUGGAAGGAUAAGGACCAACCCAGCUGUAUUUUACAAUCUCUGUUCUAAAACAACUGGAGGAACUGUGACCGGGAUAAUUACAAGGACAUUUGUGUCAAAGAAGUGCAAGGGCUUUCAGGUGAAUAAUCUAUGAGGACCUCUGCUUACAAAUAGUAGGUAGUGUUGCAGCAAUGGAAAAAUCCACGGAGGACUACGACAAUUACACCUACGAUUAUCUGGAGUACGGAGACUUCGAAGAAGAAAAAGCCCCAGACGGAUACUCCCAGAAGGAGGCUAUGCACAUCAUAUCAGUCGUCAUGUAUAGUAUUUCAUUUGUGCUCGGUGUCACUGGAAAUGGAACAGUCAUAUGGGUGUUGGCAUUUAAAAGCAAACGGACAGUGAACAGUGUCUGGUUGCUGAACAUGGCUAUAGCAGAUUUUGUGUUUGUGCUCUUUUUACCCUUCUCUAUCGACUACGUCCUUCGAGACUUCCACUGGUGCUUUGGCCUGGUCAUGUGUAAGCUAAACUCGUUUGUGUCUGUGAUGAACAUGUACGCCAGUGUGCUCUUUCUCACAAUGCUCAGUCUAGACAGGUAUGUCUCAUUGAUUCACCUUAGCUGGUCUCAGAGGUGUCGCAGUGUAUGGCGAGCCUGGAUCGUAUGUGGCUGUGUGUGGGGGGUGUCUGCUCUACUGAGCCUCCCUACCCUGAUAUUCCGUGACACUGUGAGUUACCGUGACCGGGUGAUGUGCUUCAACAACUUUAAUGUCCAGGAUAGACAUACAGCUGCUGUGAGACACAUUACGUUGGUGGUCAUCCGUACAGCAGUGGGCUUCUUACUGCCCUUCAGUGCUGUCUGUGUGACUGGAAUUCUCCUGGCAAUCAAAGUCCACCAGUCUGACGAUUCUGUGAGCCUGUCUAGCUUUUCUAAGACCGUUUCAGCUGUCAUUCUGGCCUUCUUUUUGUGCUGGGCACCAUUCCAUACCUUUAGUUUAAUGGAGCUUUCCUUCAACUCAUCACUGUACCUACAUGCUGUUCUGAAGACAGGCUUUCCUCUUGCUACGAGCUUAGCCUAUUUCAACAGCUGCGUCAACCCCUUCAUCUACGUGCUGGUGGGUAAGAAGGUUCGCCAGCUCCUGAAACGCUCGUGUCUGGACAUCACAAAGAGUUCUCUGCGGGAGCUCAACCAGUCCAUCUCUGCAACUGAAUUAGUGCCUGUAGCUGACAUAAGAGCUCCAUACAUCAGUGCACCACAGGAUCCCACAGAAUCAUCAACUGUUUGAUUAUACUGAUCGAAUCCCACAGUUACCUAUAGCAGAAACCCGGCAGAAACACGGCAGAAACCCGGCAGAAACCCGGCAGAAACUGCCAUUUGACCUAAAAGAACCAGCCUGACCAUUCUUUUAGUCCAAAUGUGACUUAUUUUAUAUUUUACUUAGUGUAACAUUUGUGCUAGUUGUUUGAGUUGGAUACUUCCAAGUAGCAAUUACUUUGAGUGCCAAGGUCUGUUUGAGUGCCAAGGUCUGCUUGAGUGCCCUCAUAGGAAAACUUGAGUAAAGACAUACACUAAAAGUAUAACUUGCACAGGGGAAAAUAAGCAACUUUAUUUAAUGAUUUUAAAAAUAAGUAUCUGAUCCUAUUUACCCCGAAGACUAAUAGGAAAGGAGGCCACCCUUCCCCACUGUCUCUGGAACAGACUGUCUCUGGAACAGACUGUCUCUAGAACAGACUGUCUCUGGAACAGACUGUCUCUGGAACAGGCUGUCUCUGGAACAGACUGUCUCUGGAACAGACUGUCUCUGGAACAGGAAUGAUUAGAAGCAGAUCUACCAUUUUCAUAAACACUUUGCAUUUAGAUUUCGGUCAUCAAACAAAUCCAAGUUUAACCCUGACGGGAAUUUAGUCCUUCUCUUUCUUGUUACGUUGAAAAGUUUCCCAUUACAAGUUGAUUUGCUGUUGUAGUGUACUCUGUUAUUAUAUAGCUGCUGUACACAUGAGACAAAUUCUAUUAGGCCGUUCUUUUUAUGUUGUAAUUAUAUUAAGCGUAUAAAUUAAUCUCAAUGUUUAAAUUACAUUUUCUAAUAAUGUUCACAUUGUCAAUCACUGUGUGUGAUUUUGUUUUUGUGGGAAUUUGAAAUAUAUGAGGGAAAUCUGGCAUUAAUUGUAAUAUACUUGAGUCAAAGGAAUAAACAAUGAAUCCAGUCCCUUCUCUGUA